UACACGUUUUCGACCCGGAUGUGUUCCUAGACUACUCUGGGCGAAUGAACGGACAGUAUAAGCCUCCACCUCACAAGUAUCUGUGAGUUAUGACUGCUUUGCGGAUUAAAAUAUAACGGAAUUCUAGUCCCUCAGUUAAUUCAGCGCAAACUGUCCCCAGCGGUCCUUUCGUUGUAGGUGGGGCCUACAGGAAGCGAGUGAGGCUAGCCCGCGCGCGCCCGUUCUCAUCCGGUCUCUCCGCUUCAGAGAUGGUCGCCUGAUUUUUAAAAAAAGAUGUGGCGAGCGGAGUCACGUCGCGGAAGUGGAGCGAUAGCGGCGCCGCUGCUGAAUCGAGAAUUUGCCUUUUGUGCCACUGCGGUCUGAGCGGCGCCCCGUUCCAAUGUCGCACCAGCGAGUGUUCGCGCUGCCUCGGCAGCAGUCCCUGCUCCUGCCUGCGGUCAUUAAUCCGUUUGUUCAAGAGACGAAGUUGACAAAGGCAGACAUAGCAAAAUGUUUACUCCUGGGAGUCUUCCUGGUCCCUAUUCGAGCCGUCCUCCUGUCUCUGGUUCUCGUUGUGACAUGGCCGGUGGCUGUCAUAACUACGUUCAUGCACCCACUGAAAGGAGCUGUGGAGCCAAUGACUGGCUGGAGACGGUUCAUGUGCCGUAGGGUGAUGGCUGCAUUGGGGAGAGCUUAUUACUUCUGUAUGGGCUUCAGAGUGGUGGUCAAAGGCAAGCAAGUUGGGAGCACUGAGGCCCCUAUUCUGGCUGUGGCCCCCCAUUCCACCUUUUUUGAUGGAAUUGUGUGUAUUGUAGCAGGCCUACCCUCCACAGUCUCCCGCCUUGAGAACCUCGCCACACCCAUCUUCGGCCGAUUUAUACGCUGUCUCCAGCCAGUCCUGGUGUCUCGACAGGACCCAGACUCCAGGAAGAACACCAUCCGAGAGAUCGACAGCAGAGCCAAGUCAGGAGGCCACUGGCCACAGGUCCUGAUUUUCCCUGAGGGAACGUGUACAAAUCGGUCAUGUCUUAUCACUUUCAAACAAGGUGCAUUUAUCCCAGGGGUUCCUGUGCAGCCUGUGAUUAUGAGAUAUCCAAACAAACUGGACACAGUGACUUGGACUUGGCAAGGUUUCAGUGCGAAGACUUUGCUGAUUCUCACACUGUCCCAGCUCUACACCACAGUAGAGAUAGAGUUCCUACCCCCACAGAUCCCCACAGAGGAGGAGAAGAAAAAUGCGGCUCUUUUUGCCUGCACAGUGCGAAAUAUUAUGGCCCAGGCCCUGGGAGUCCCUGUGACAGACCACACGUAUGAAGACUGCCGCCUAAUGAUCUCAGCUGGGGAGCUGACACUGCCAAUGGAAGCUGGCCUGGUGGAGUUCACCAAAGUCAGCCGCAAACUAAAUCUGAAGUGGGACAGUGUGAAGAGGGAGCUGGAGGGCUUCGCUGCCAUGGCCAGCUCCUGUAAGGGAGGACGCAUCACCAUUGAGGAGUUUGCUGGCUUCCUAAAGCUACCUGUCAACCCGGCCCUCGAACAGCUGUUUGCCCUGUUUGACAGGAAUGGCGAUGGCACCAUAGACUUCCGAGAGUAUGUGAUUGGUGUGAACAUUUUGUGUCGACCAGCCAACACUGAAGAGGUCCUCCGCAUGGCUUUCCAGUUAUUUGACAUAGAUGAGGAUGAGAAAAUUACUCGGGAGGAGUUUACGGCUCUGCUGCAUUCUGCUUUGGGUGUGUCUGAUCUGAACAUGACCAAGCUCUUCAAGGAGAUUGAUGCAGAUUGCUCUGGCUUCGUCACCUUCCCUGAAUUCCAAGCCUUUGCCAUUACCCACCCUGAGUACGCCAAGCUUUUCACGACCUACCUGGAACUUCAGCGAUACCAAGCCCUCCAGCAGGUGGGACAAGAUGAUCUGGAGAAUGCUAAUUACUUCGGCCUGGAGAACACACUGGAAGACAGCACCUCAGACAAGAAAGAUGACUGAGAGUUAAGAGGACAGAGAACUCUGACUGAACUGAGAGGCAAAGAACUGUCUACUGCACUGAGAAAGCAAAUGCAAUAGUGUCUUUUGCACUAGCUUAUUUUGGGGAACUUGGUGUCUUCUACUACACGAAGGCCAAGCAGACAUCGCAAUAGAUAAUUCUGGAGAAUUGCGCUUGCCUUUUUUCACAGAUGCCAUUUUUAGUGCUACUAUCAACAAUUUUAGUGCCUUACAGAGUUUUUUGUGCAACCAGUUAGCCCAAGCCACUGCACAAUUGCUGUUUUAUCUUGUACCUCUGAGUGUCUAAGGUCAAGUUUUGUCUAUGUGUCUGUCUCGUUCAGGUGUACAUAAGAGAAAUAAAUAAAUGAAAAGCUAUUUAUAGGAUAAAAUUUUAUAAAAAAACUAACUUGCAAUUGGUAGUAGUUUUAGGAUGUUUGGUGUCUUGGUCACUUAACAAUGUCAAAUUUACCAAACGUUACACAUUGAUAAACUUCCCAGUGUUGGUGACAAUGGUUUAUGACCUUAACCAUUUUUUUUAAAGUCUUAAUGUACUUGCCUUACCAUUUUAGUGACUGAUAUACCUUUGUUUUUGCUGAUUUUACCCCAGAUUGGAUUUAAAUGAAUUUAGCUCUGAGUGCUUAUGUACGCUUAGACAUUUAUUAAUCAUUGUCUUUGAAAAUAUUUUUCAAAGAUUGCCAAAAUUCUAUCUGAGCAGAAAAUCAGAAAAUGCUCCUUUUGUGUUGCAAUAUAAUUAGCUUAUGCUUUAUUAAGAUGUACCCAAUCUGGCAACCCACAGAGGUGUGGUAUUGAAGCAGUGUUUGCAAAGAGCAUACUUGCUGUGCUUUACAGUUGUUGUUUUUUUCCAGCACUCAGGGACACAGACCUUGUAAGACGGCUGUAUAAUUAGCUAAAGGUUUUGCUUUGCAUGUGUUUCUAUUUGCAUUGCUAUUGAACAGAGUUGUUGCUGAGACAGCAUUGUGUCUUUACAGAUUUAAGUCUACUAAGACACAGGAACUGCUGAAAAUAGGACAAUUUGUGAGCAAAAAGGCAGCAGUGUCUGUAUCCAGAGCAUAUACCAUGGGGAUAUGCUUUCAAAUUAACUAGCAGCAUUGUUAUUUAUUUAGCAGGUGCCAUUGCAGUUAUGUUGUUUUUGUUAACACAGCAAAGCUUUCUCUUUUUGCAAUAAAACAGGUAAAAAAAAGAAAAGAAAAUAUAUAUAUAUAUAAUCCUCUCCCAUUUUGUAUUUCAGGAUUGCAGGGCUGAGAAGCUUUUUUCAUAGUUUCGUAGAGUUUCAUAGGCUUGUAAUGAGUCAUUAAUGCCAUCCAUCCAUUCAGGCUGCAUUUUACUUGUUCUUCAAAUCACCACAAGGUGCCAGUAUUCAUCCACAGGAAUGUUUCCAAAUUUGCAUAUUUAUAUUUAAGUGAGGGUGAGUGCCCACCAACCCCUUUAUCCAACAACAGAACGGACAUAUCAUCUAUAGCUUUUUAAAAGUUAUCAGUACAUUUGAUUCAGAGUGUCCAUGUGCUCACGCUCAGAUUGUUUCUGAGUAAACUAAAACCAUGAACCAGAAGUCACUCCAAAACACACAGAAAUCUCAAACCGAAAAGCCAACACAAAUCGACAUUAGUAAAGAAGAUAAAUUGUUUGCAAGAGACUGCAAGACAAAAUAUGUCAUAGAGAGCACAUGUGGGAUUCUUAUGGAGUGAACUGUUGAGGAGUGGUUUGAUUUUACUCUUUAAUCCUUAUCGUUUCCACACCGGUGAAGAGCAUUUACCAACACACAGGAUGUGAUGUUGAACUUCAUGUGCCAUAUUCCACAGUUAGCAUUGACACAGAGGACUAAAUCGGAAAACAAACCUUUGUGCUAAUUUCCUAUCCAUAUGUACUAAUCUGUUAACAGUUAGGACAUCAGGCCACGCUGGCAUGAGUUUAGCAGCACAUCUCACAUGCAGCUUCACUAGUACUCCAUAAACUACCUAAACCAGUAAUUACAGGGUAGAGAGCCUGUGUGUUCAGGUGUGUCGUAGGGAUUACCAAGUAGGCACCUUCCAUCGUCGAUGUUUUGUUGUGUUAGGCAUAGGACACCUCAAGAACCACACACAAACACAGCCACUCCCAACAGACUCAACAAAACUAUUCCUGUGUAAUUUACUGCCUACGAUAUACUGUACCUCACCGCACUACCUGACGCCAGUACUCACCCACAGCUAACACCAAUUAUGACAUUAGUGUCUACCGACUGGCCUUAAGGUCAGUUAAGUGGAAAAUUUUAUCUGGGUGAAUCUUAUUAACAUUUUGAGAAACUUUAUUUUAUCUGUACAAUGAAUAUCAAGGAUCAUAAUUUUAAAAAAAACUGCUAUUUCAUUGCUGAAUAUUUUAGAUAAUGUGUGAUGAUUUGUAAUGAGGUGACUUCAAGCUGUUUAGUUCCAUCAUUUGCCCUGUAUGCUAUUCAUUUCUAUUUGGUGAUACAUGCUUGACGUAUCAGGUUGCAGUCGUAUGAAUGCAUAAACCCAACGUGAUGUUUUCAAAGUGACUCUGAAAUAAACUGCUUG